GUUGCGUGGAAUUUGAUGUCAUCUAUAAAGUCUGGUGCAGCGCUCUUCUUCUAUGGUCCUAUGUGCCUGUUGGUCGUAGUCAACGCUGUCUGCAUUACACACACCAUGAGGAAGGUUCAGUUCCUCCAAAGAGGCAACUCCGUCCUUCACAGAGAGGACGACAAAACCUCCAGAGGGCGCCGCCAAGCAGAGGGAUCUAACACGCGGGCGACUAACCGAAGGAACAGAGAGGCAGCGCGAUCAACAGUUGUAGACGCUAAAACAAUUCGAGUGUACAUCAAAAUGUUUCUGAUGACAGGAAUGGUGGAAUUUGUUGCGGAAAUUAUUGUUUGGAACGUUUCCUACUAUUCGUGGAAAAGCAUUUCAUUUCUUCCUGAUCACAUUCUGUCGUACCGUGCCACGGGCUAUGCUGCUGACUGCCUGCGGGCGGCGUGGGUCGUGUGGCUGGCCGCCCCAGAGGAGGGGUACAUUGGCGGCCUGCGGCGGCUGCUUGGCAGCGGAACAAGCGGGAGGAAGAGAUAAAACACGAUUGCAUCACUCACAGUUACACCGCAGGAUUUUAAAUGUUUGCUUCAGAUUUUAAUUUUCAAUAACGAAAUUGAUUUUAG